AUGGCUCCCUGCACACCCGUCCGCCGCGGCCCCGGCGGCGGCGCGCCGACCGACUCGCCGCUCGCGCUCCUCUCGAGCAACAUGGCCGCCGCGCGCCUCGACGCCCUGCCCGCGCACCGCGGCGGCAAGGGCGCCGCCGCCUCGGGCCUUGGUGCUCGCGGCGGCGCAUCAACGCUGCGCCAGCACAUGCCUGCCUCGGCGGCCGCAGCGCGUGAGGAGACGCUGCCGCCGCCGGGCGCACACCUCGCCCUCGACCUCACCAAGGACUGGGAGGCGGACGGCAGCGCCAAGCCGCGCAAGAGCGCUCACUCGCAGAGCCGCGGUGACCGCUUCAUCCCGAAUCGCGAGCUCUCGCGCAGCCAGGGCGGCUCGCACGACUCGCUGCUCGACAACACGGGCGGCGAGACGCUGCACAGCGCACACGCGUCGUCGUCGGCCUCGUCGACGUGCGACGACGUGAGCCUGAGCCAGAGCAUUGCGGCGGCGAACCAGAUCCCCACCGACGUGGCCGGCGCCGGUGCCGAGCUGCCGUCGUUCGAUGAUGGAGGCGUGCCGCAGCAGCGCAUCCUCUCCUUUAGCGCCGCCGCACCGCCGUCGCUAAGCCAGCCCGACGUGCGAGCACGCUACGCCGCCACGCGCGCCAAGGCUGCGCUGCCGUCGAGUCUGCUCGCGGGAGGGCGGCGCAAGAUCCAGACGCACGCCAUCAAGACGCUCGACGCCGUCGCGGUGGCGCCCGACUUCUACCGCAACACGCUGCACUGGAGCAGCCGCAACGUGCUGGCCGUGAGCCUGGCCGAGUGCGUGCACCUUUGGAACGGCGACACGGGCGAGGUCGAGAUGCUGUUGGACCUGCAGGAGCAGAGCGAGCGCUUCGGCGGCGGCGCGCACGGCGCCAUCACCAGCCUGCGAUGGAACGGCGAUGGCCAGUCGCUCGCCGUCGGCACGGCCAGCGGACACAUGCAGAUCUGGGAUGCGGCGUCGAAGCAGCGCCUGCGCACACUGCGGCCUUCCGCUGAGGGCGGCGCCGACUGCGUGGACGUGAACGCCUGCGCGUGGGGCGACGAAGGCAUGCUCAGCCUCGGCUUUGCCAGUGGCCUGAUCCGCGAGCACGACGUGCGUGUGCGCGAGAGCGUCGUCCGCGAGCUGCCCAAUGCCCACGCCGGCGCCGUGUGCGGUCUGGCGUGGCGCCGCGACGGCGUGCUGCUGGCGAGCGGCGGUAACGACAACGUGGUGCAGGUGUGGGACCGGCGCUCCGAUGCGCCGCGCCUGCGCAAGAACGUGCACAGCGCUGCGGUCAAGGCUCUGGCAUGGUGCCCCUGGAACGACAGCAUCCUCGCGACCGGCGGCGGCUCUGCGGACCGCAACAUCCACUUCUGGAACGUGACGGCCGGCUCGCGCACGCAAAGCAUCAAGACGGAUCACCAGGUCGUCGGACUGCACUGGAGCGAGCAGCACCGCGAGAUUGCCUCGAUCCACGGCGAGGCCGUGGGCGCAGCGUACGAGCGUGCCGGCGCCAUCUCCGUCUGGGCGCAUCCAGCGGGCAGCAAUAUCGCCACCAUCGAGGCGCCGCACGACGGCCGUGUCAUUCGCAACUCGGCGCUCAGCCCUGACGGCCAGACCGUCGCGACCAUCGGCGAUGACGAGAGCCUGCGCAUGUGGGCGCUCUUUGAGGUCAGCGAGGAGGACGCAAAGAGCGCAAAGCGCAGAGGUGCACCGGGCUCGGGCGACGGCGCCGGCCGUCUGGCACAUGCGUCGCGCGGCCUCAGGUGA